AUGAACUCCAAUACCAAUACCAUAUAUUGUGUUGUGUUCUUCCUCUUCUUCUUAUCUUUGGCAUUUGUUGAAACCAAAAACUUGGAAUCAGAAUCGUCUGUGGUGUCCGAAUCUUAUGUCCUUUCGUGUGGAGCUCAGAUCGAAAGCACAGAUAUUAAUGGUAGAAAAUGGAUACCGGAUUCAAAAUUGGUAACACCUUCGGGUGUUUCAAUAAACGGUACAGCAAUGCACCAAGACCCUUCUCUACCAUCUCAAGUUCCUUACAUGACAGCAAGAAUUUUCACCUCAGAAGCCGCGUACAACUUCAACGUUCAACCGAAGAAACGCCUCUGGAUAAGGCUUCAUUUCUAUCCAUCUUCUUACAAUGAUCUCAAUCCAAAUGAUGCAUUUUUCUCUGUCAUUGCAAAUGGUUUUACUCUCCUCAACAAUUUCAGUGCCUCAAUUACAGCUGAAGCUUUAACACAAGCCUAUAUAAUCAAAGAGUUCUCAUUUCUUCCUGUCCUUAAUGGCAACCUCUCAAUCAGCUUCAAACCCUCUCCACAGAAAAAUGGCUCAUUUGCUUUUGUCAAUGGAAUUGAGGUAAUUCCCAUGCCAGACAUAUUUGAGCCUGCAAACCUGGUUGGAUCCGAACAAGGCCAAACAAUCGAUGUUCGGUCUUCGUUGGUUCAAACUAUGUAUAGGCUUAAUGUUGGUGGACAGUACAUUCCAACAACAAGUGACUCAGGUCUUAGCCGUACAUGGUAUGAUGAUUCACCUUACAUGUUUGGAUCAGCCUAUGGAAUAACCUCAGAAGCUGGUAAGAGCCUUAGUAUUGAUUAUCCACCUAAUAUGCCUGAGUACAUUGCUCCAAGGAGUGUGUAUAGAUCAGCUAGAACAAUGGGAAAUAGUUCAGAAACAAAUCAAAACUACAAUCUCACUUGGACUUUUGAAGUUGAUGCAUAUUUCACCUAUGUUGUUAGGUUCCAUUUCUGUGAGAUUGAGCAAACAAAGAUCAAUGAGAGAGUAUUUGAUAUAUUUCUCAACAACCAAACAGCUCAACCUUCUGUGGAUGUGAUUGCUUGGGCUGGAUCAAGAGGAGUUCCUGUGUAUAGAGAUUAUGCUAUUUAUGUCAAUGACAGCAGAAUUGGUUGUGCAAAAUUAUGGGUUGCCCUGCAUCCAACUGUGUCAUCAAAACCCGAAAAUCUGGAUGCAAUUCUUAAUGGCUUAGAGAUUUUCAAGGUAAAUGACACACAUGGGAACUUAGCAGGGCCUAAUCCAGUGCCUUCUGAGAUGCGCCAAGAGGAUGAGGUAGAGGUUGACACCAAUUCACCUCCAUUGGGAUUACGCUACGAGGCUAUUGGCGGUAUUGCUGGUGGUGUUGCUGGUGCUGCUGCUGGUUUCGCCGUUGUUUCAUCUGUAUGCUUUCUUGUGUACCACCAUAAGAGAACAAAAGAUAAAAGAAUGGAUUCUGGACCUGCUAAUUGGCUGCCAAUCUAUGGAAGUUCGUACUCAUCAACUUUCACCAGUAAGAGUACUAAUAAUAGCAGCCCUCUUUCUAAUCUAGCAAGUCUUUGUAGACACUUUUCGCUUGCUGAGAUUAGACAAGGUUCAAAGAAUUUUGAUGAGUCACGAGUUAUUGGGGUUGGAGGAUUUGGAAAAGUUUAUAAAGGGACUAUAGAUGGAGUGAUCAAAGUUGCAAUUAAAAGAUCAAAUCCAACUUCUUCACAAGGAUUCAUGGAGUUCCAAACCGAAAUCGAAUUGCUUUCAAAGCUGAGGCACAAGCAUUUAGUUUCCUUGAUUGGUUUUUGUGCUGAAGCAGGUGAGAUGAUUCUUGUUUAUGAUUACAUGUCUAAUGGGACUCUAAGGGAACACUUGUUUAAGAGUGAAAAUCCUCCAUUACCAUGGCAAAAGAGGUUGGAGAUUUGUAUUGGUGCAGCAAAAGGAUUGCAUUACCUUCAUACUGGUGUCAAUUACACUAUCAUUCAUAGAGAUGUAAAGACUACAAACAUUUUGUUGGAUGAAAAUUGGGAAGCAAAAGUUUCUGAUUUUGGGUUAUCAAAACAAGGUCUUAGUAUCAAUAAUACUCACAUUAGUACAGUGGUCAAAGGUAGCUUUGGAUAUUUGGAUCCUGAAUACUUUCGCAGGCAAAAAAUAACCGAAAAAUCAGAUGUUUACUCCUUUGGUGUUGUUCUUUUUGAAGUGUUAUGUGCCAGGCCAGCUCUUGAUGAUAGUUUGCCAAAGGAACAAGUCAAUCUUGCAGAUUGGGUUAUGUACUGCCAAAAGAGAGGAACUUUAGAAGAAAUCGUCGAUCCAAAUCUUAAAGGCUCGAUGAACAUCGAGUGUUUCAAGAAGUUUGCUGAGACAGCUGAGAAGUGUUUGAGUGAUCAUAGUGUGGAUCGUCCUUCAAUGGGUGAUGUUCUAUGGAACCUUGAGUAUGCACUUCAAUUGAAUAUAAAUCCUGAGGCUGCAAGAGCUUUUGUAGAAAGAAAUGUGAGUAAUAGUGAUUCUUCUAUAAUAAACAUUGAGGAAGAGGUGAAUAAAGAGAGCCCAGCUGCCCAGAUAACUAAUGAUUUACACACUAUUCCAGUUUUUUCACAGCUUGUCAAUCCAAGAGGAAGAUAAUGCUUGAAUUUUUGUUAGUUUUUUCUUUUUGAUUUCUGUUUAUAGGAACUUUUGUAUAGUUGGUUGUAAAAUAUGAUACCUUUUUCAAUGUCCUCACAUUGAAAGGAAAAUCAGAAACUUGCUGCAUAUAAUUGUCAAUUGUAAAUAAAUGGUUAAUAAAUAAAACCAAAAUUCAAAAGGUGUCAUUGAAA